AUGAUCCCGCCGCAUAUUUCCUCUGCCGUCGAGCAGUAUUCGGCCCAGCUCGCGGAGUUCUUAGCUGCCAAAUUUGUAGAUCAGGCCCUUCUCCAGGGCUUUGUCACCGUUCUCCAGGCAAAGUUCACGGCGUGGAUCGCUGCAGACUUGGCGCAGUUCCGCGCGCAGUUUGAUGUGGAAGGUCCUGCCCAGGUGGACUCCACCACCUUGGCGCUGAUCGAGCUUUUGCAGACGAUGUGGGCCAAGUUCCACCAUCCGAUCGUGAAGUUCUACCAGCGCCAACAUGCCGAGUUGUUGGCGCUUCUGGCGGAGUCGUUUCGCAACAGCGCCAAGGCUCUGAAGAGCGGCCAGCCGAAGGCGAAGCCCCAGUUGAGGGUCGUCGAAAUGCGCAAGUUGAACGAGGCCUUCACAAAGCUUGUCACCACGGCAUCGGCCUUCUACGAAGACGAAAUUGUUCACAUUAUGAAGAACUACUCUAAUCCAUUGAUCCCCAAAGGUUUUCUAGACGAUCUUGCCCUUGGAGCCUCAACUGGCUCUGCUAAAUCUAGUGUUGCAGCUCUGCAAAUGCGCUUGACUCAGGGCCUGCAAGACGGCCUGCAACAGAAUCUGCAGCCCCUUCUAUCCACAAGCUCCGACUUCAACUCAACUCUUUCUUACGCAGUAUUCUAUUGUUUGUUGAACCUAGGCAAUUUGAGCAGACAUGCGGCCCAAAUUGAUCUCACGUACGUGCAGCCCGUAAAGAGCGUCACUGCGUACUACAAGAAUCUCAAAAGCGGCUCUGCUGAUACCAGCUUGGCCAAUAAAUUAUAUUUGAAGCCUAUGCGCUAUUACUCGAAAUGCAUUGGAAUCUUGCCGACUAUGCAUGAGCCAUACAACCACAUGGGUGUGAUCCACAAUGCUCUCGGGGAGAAAUUCACGGCCGCAACCUGGUUUUUGAGAUCACAAUUCACCCGUGAUACGGCAACCACGGUUGGAAGAUACAACAUUCAUGCUCUAUUUACUAAACAAUGGCUUGAACACCUGUACAACGACACAGUACACAAACCACAAGCAUCUCUCACUGCUUCCGAUGUAAACAACAUCUUGAUGAGAAUUGUUGCUGACUAUUUCUUCACAACGGCUUACAGGAAGCCUCUCUACUCAUGUAAAGUCGAGACAGACUUGCUUGACAUUCUUUUCACAAAGCCUCAGACCCGCCACAUAGCGGCGAUUUCAACCCUAGUCACUGACCAUAUUACCAUGCUUAUAUGCUUCUUAACUUUGGCAGAAGAUGAGAAAAAGUUUGAUGUCGCCAAAAGAUUCGGUGCUUUCACAUUCAAGUACUUCCAAAAGUAUCUUUCUUCUGUGUGUGUAUUACCCCCAGACCUGAUUAAUCUUGAAUCGCUUUUGAGAAAUAUGAGGCUUAUAUUUGCAUUUAUCAGAAAAAGUGACAAUGUAUCUCAACGCAUUGACAACGAGUUCAUAAACACUGUGGCCAAGCUUAUGAAUCUUAUAAUCGACAGCGACGAUGAAGAGGUCAAGAUGAAUGCUUUAGAAUCUUUCCAGAAUCUGGAAGUACCAGUGAGGUCACACUACUUUGCAGAAGAUGUGAACUUCAAGGAUUUCACACCCAUUGGCUGUCAGUUCAAGGACUUCAACGAUUCACAUUUGUUCGCAAGCAACAACAUUGAUCUUUUGUAUGGUUCUUACUUUUACACACUGUCUGGACAAAUCCCAAGCUUUUUGGACAAUCAAGCAGUACUCCGAAUCAACAAAGAGUUGGAGCUUGGAAGUACACAAAAUGAUUUUGAUCGUCAGCGAGUAAUUGCUGGCGAAUGCUCCAGAUAUGAGACCCUCAUGAGAAUCAAUGCCAUUGUGGUGAUGUCAAAGAAGCUCUUUGGCUCGCGAUUAUCAACGGACGGUGAUCAAAUAGUUGCCGAAAAGAUCGAAGUACCUGCAACGCAGACACCACCAAAAGCAAAAAACACGAAAACAAAGACAAGAGAUCCUAAGCCUGAUACUCCUAAGCCGAAAAAACCAAGCAAAAAAACCAAGGCGAAAGAGCAAACACCGAAAAUCGAUGUGGCUUCCAAGGAUCCAGAUGUUUCAGAAAUUCGCGUUUCCACACCAGAGAAGCCAGAUGCACCUUCCACAUUCAAGGAGAUAGAAGCAAUGAUUAUCGGCCACGCGCCCAAGAUCCUAGUGCGCAAAUCUGGCCAGGCCUCAGAGAACACGGGAGGUCUUGCCGAAAUGGUUGACUCAAUCGUAUCCGAGGAAGGAUAUGCACUGGAUGCUAAAGACGAGGAGUCUCAGGUGAUAAUCGCCAGUGUGGAGAAGAAGAAAACGCAAAUGAAUGAACCUGCAAACCAAGUGGGUGCUGCCAACCCCUUGGGGCCCACAACCAACUUGCAGACCAAUUUACAAACCACCGAGCCAUUACACAUCUUGCAUCCGCCAGAACCCAGAAUGUCUUAUCCUGCACAACAUCUAGAAUCUUCGGCCCCGGUUUUUGCACCUUCUUGGUCGGGUUAUGUUCCAGGACAGGCGCCAAGCGGGCCACAAUACGCGCCAAUGCAGAUGCCCUUAAUGCCCAUGAGCUACUACGCGCCAAAUUUCGGAAUGGGGAUGAAUCCGUCUUCGGCACAAAAUCCGAAUGUGCCGCCGCAAAUGCAGCCCACUAUGGGUAGUGGACCGUUCGGUUUUCCAUAUGUUGGCGGAGGUGGAUUUCUGUCAUCUCAACCUGAUCCCAACUAUAGCAGCGGUGGUACUGUUCAGCAGCAAUACGGAAUGGACCAAGGAAGACCUUGGACGGAAUCUGAUCGGAACUAUCCGGGCUAUGGCAACAUGUAUCCUCAAUACCACUAA